GCUUUCAUGAAAUAUAUGAACCACGACCCCGAGACUCAUCCGACCGAUGCCAGAAGGUUGUACAGGGAAUAUGAUUUCGUCGUCAUUGGAGGUGGUUCUGCUGGUGCUGUUGUAGCUUCUAGACUGUCUGAAAAUCCAAAGUGGACUGUUUUGUUGUUGGAGGCGGGUGGAGACGAGAACGAGAUAUCUGAUAUACCGACUCUUGCGGGGUACGUACAAAUGAGCGAAAUGGAUUGGAUGUAUCAAACGUCUCCACCCGGGGAUUCUCCUUAUUGCUUGGCCAUGAUUGGAGACCGUUGCAAUUGGCCAAGAGGAAAAGUCUUAGGAGGAUCGAGUGUCCUGAACGCCAUGAUCUACGUCCGAGGUAAUAAACGAGAUUACGAACAGUGGGCCGCGAACGGAAACACCGGCUGGGAAUACGAAAACGUGCUUCCCUAUUUCUUAAAAUCCGAGGAUAAUCGAAAUCCGUACUUAACGAAAACACCGUACCAUCAAUCCGGAGGUUAUCUAACAGUUCAAGAAUCACCUUGGAGGACGCCACUCUCCAUAGCGUUCCUGCAAGCAGGCAAAGAGAUGGGAUACGAGGUGCGCGAUCUGAACGGCGAAAAGCAGACCGGAUUCAUGUUAUCCCAAGGCACGAUCAGAAGAGGAUCCAGAUGCAGCACGGCUAAAGCCUUCCUCAGACCUGUUCAUUUAAGGAAGAACCUGCACAUAGCCCUUCGCUCGCAAGUGCAGAAGAUCCUAAUAGACCCAAAAUCGAAACGAGCCUUCGCCGUGAGGUUCGUGAGGAACGGAAGACAGUACAUUGUGAAGGCCAGAAAAGAGGUUGUUCUCUCGGCUGGUGCGAUUGGUAGCCCGCAGAUACUCAUGUUAUCCGGAGUUGGUCCCAAAGAACAUUUGCAGGAUUUCAAGAUACCUGUGUUGAGCGAUCUCAAGGUUGGGCACAAUUUACAGGAUCACGUGGGCUUAGGCGGUUUGACGUUUAUAGUGGAUGAUCCGAUUACGUUCCAGAAAGACCGGUAUCAAACUAUGGCUGUGGCUUUAGAGUAUAUUUUGAAGGAGCGUGGACCGAUGACUUCUUUGGGCGGCGUCGAAGGUUUAGCGUUUGUUAAUACUAAGUACGCGCCAGAGUCAGGUUUAUGGCCCGAUAUACAAUACCAUUUCGCUCCGAGCAGCAUCAACUCCGAUGGGGAGCAAGUGAAGAAAAUCACAGGGCUUCGCGACAGCGUCUACAACACUGUGUACAAACCAUUGAAGAAAGCGGAAACUUGGACGCUGCUGCCGUUGCUUUUGAGACCCAGGAGCACCGGUUGGGUGCGUUUGAAAUCUAAAGAUCCCAACGUAUACCCUGACAUCAAUCCCAACUACUUCACGCACAAAGAAGAUGUUUUAACUUUAAUCGAAGGAAUUAGAAUCGCUUUAAAUAUAUCGGCUACUCAAGCGUUCCAGAGGUUCAAUUCAAGGCCGCAUAAGAUGCCCUUCCCCGGUUGCAGGCAAUACGAAUUCGAUACUGAUGAGUAUUGGGAAUGCAGUAUCCGACAUUUCACAUUCACCAUCUACCAUCCGACUUCAACGUGCAAGAUGGGUCCAAGCGAGGAUCCGGAUGCUGUGGUUGAUCCUCGUUUAAGGGUGCACGGUAUUAACAAUUUGAGAGUCAUAGACGCUAGUAUUAUGCCAACUAUAGUCAGCGGUAACACCAACGCUCCGACUAUAAUGAUUGGAGAAAAGGGCGCCGAUAUGAUCAAGGAAGAUUGGGACAACAAGAUUCGCUCGUCCGGAUAACGUUGAUCCGUUACCCUGAAUAUCCAUCAAUGUGCCAAUUCCCUUCUUCGAUUAUAUUUAGUUGCCU